UUAGCUCUAGUCUGAACGUAGCAGGAAUAUUGUAGCAUUUGCAUAAAGUUAUAUUUAACAAAUGUUGCUUGGGUAUUUAGCCUCAAUCUAGUGUGCUCCUGGUUCUUGCUGCCUUCACAAAGUAAACCACAAAAUAAACCAUGUCCUUGUCAUAACAUGGCAACUGUUCGAGAGCAGAUACUGCCCUCCGAGCAGGAUUUGGAAAAGGAGAAGCAGGCCUUACUUGGAUUGAAGUUCUUGGAAACAGUCUGGAGCAUGAUCUGCGUUGGAAUCCGCAUCUUUGGCAUCCGCAACGAAACGGAACCGUUACCUCGCGGAAUGUUCUUCUGUGGAGUCUUCCUAGGAUUCACAAUAGUUUCUGUAUUCUUUUUCGUGAUUGUUUGCUGCCGUAUUUGCAAGGUUAGUUAUGUUGCAGAAGCAGUUGUAUCGUCAAUGGGAUUCAUCGCAUUUGCGACAUGUGGCUUUUUAGCGAUGUAUCACGUGGAAAAACAUACUCACCUGAUCGAUAAAAAGGGAUGGUACCACAAAUUGUUCAUCCUCAGCCGAUUGGAGAGCAUAUUUUCGAUGCAAACUGCCGGAAUUUUUCUAGUGCAUGGAGUGCUAGUGCUGGAUAUUAUGGGCUGCAUGGACAAACUGUUUGGGAGCAUUCAUUCGCGAGUCAGCCAGAUGAGCAUUGAAGGAAGAGACAAGCAUGCUUACGAGCGAUUGAGAUUGAAUCCGUUUUGGAGGCCACCGUUUGAAAAACUGAGUACGAUCUGUUGUCACUCAUGUGAAAGAGUUCCAGAAGAAGCAAAUUAAUUUAUUUUUCAAUUCAAUUUUGCGGUUUUUCGUAAUAAAAAAAAAAGAAGUUCAUCGUUGCGUAAAA